AUGGCCUCAGGCACACAACCCCUCACGCACUUUCUAAGAGUCGCCGUCGCUUUUGCCCUCCUUCCCAUCGACACAUUCAUCCUCGUCGUUUCCUACACCCUCAGCCAUCUCACGACACUCGAGCAGCAUCCGACCGACCAGCGCGAUACCCAGGUCUACUCCAAGACCGUGCUGGUGACGGGGAUCGACACCCCCCAGGGCCUUGCUGUCUCGCGAGCAUGCCACCGCCAGGGCCACCGCGUGGUGGGCGUCGACGUCGACGACCGCGAUACUGUCUACAACCCGCUGCUGUGUGUGCGGUCGGGCGGGAGCCUGUCAUGCUCGGUGGCGGCCUUCUACCGCAUCCCGCGGACGCUGUACGUCUCAAGCCUGCUGGAUAUUGUGCACCGCGAGAAGGCGGAUCUCUGGAUCCCCUGCUCGGAGCGGGUGACGGUUCUGGAAGAUGCGGUGGCGAAACAGGUCCUCGAGAGUCGAACGACGUGCAAGGCUGUCCAUCUGGACGCCGAGUUGACGGACCGACUGGCAAACGCCGAGUCGCUGGCGCAGUUCCUCGUUGACAAGGACCUGCCCGUCGUCGAGAGACAUCGCGUGCAGUCUCGCGACUCGAUCCAUAAGAUCCUGCACCGCUCACCAACAAAGGCGUACCGGAUUCGAAAGCUCGCUCCGGUUUUAGAAAGCAGCUCCAGUACCAGCAGCAACAGGAGAGACAUCCUCCUACCGAAACGAACCCUCAGCCAGACCUACUCGGAGGUCAGCGAGAUCCAGAUCUCCAAGGACGCCCCGUGGGUACUGCAGCAGCAGACUCGGCUCGGCGAGUUCUGGGCCGACACCCUACUGGUCCGCGGGCACGUCGAGGCCAUCAAGGUGCGGCCGGGGAGAAAGACGACGGAAGACAUGAGCUGGGGCGCGUCGCGGCUGGACGAAUCGCUCGCAUCAGCCAUCUACCGGGUUGUCGAGGCGUUUGCGUCCAAGGGCGGCACGCGGAUGACGGGCCAUCUGUCCCUGCAGCUGAUGGUGGACGAGGAAUUCGAAGCCAACUCCGUCCGGCACUCGGUGCACAUCGCCGGCUGCACGCAGGGCGCGGGCGCAGUCACCAGCUUGCUGAGGGAUCCGUCCUGCGCCCUGGCGGGCGGGUACCUCGCCCUACUCCAAUUGAAAGAAAAAAGCAGCGUCCGUUCGGAAGAAAGGGCUGGUCCCGCCCGGAUUAUAUCGCUGACUCCACGCGCCGCCCAGCAGGGUCUUCUCGCCCGAACCAGGGUCACUCUGAGCCAAAGGGUUCCCGGGGCAUCCGGGUUAUUCACACUGGGAGACGCCCUCGCCGACGAGACCACUCUCUUUCUCUUCUGGGAGCACCCGCUCUUCCUUGCCGGCGACCCCAUGCCGUGGUGGUGGGAUGUUCAUGUCUCUCGCCCGGCACAGGAGGUUUGGAACAUGUGUAGAAGAAGUGUUAAAUAG